CACCUUCCUUUGUCAUCACACUUUCUUGGCAUACAAGUGUUAAGAAAGUGCCCCUGUCUGCACCAAGAUCCUUAACAAGCGCACAACAAACGACCCAACCUGCGCUUCGCGCAGCCGCAAGCCGCGGCGAUGGCCUCGUCCAUGACGAGCCCGCCCGCUGUCUCGGAUCGCUUUGAUCUUGGGAUCCACACUCCCGCUAAUCUAAACCGAGAAGCCCGUGCAGCUCUCCUGCAAAACAGCCCUGUAAUCGUCAACGGUCCCGUUGGUGUUUCACCCGGACCCGGGCGGACGGCGCAGACACCGUCCUCACCACUUAACGCCGCCACCACUGCUGCAGCUGCGGAAGGAGCUGAGCGCGCCAACCCCACAUCGAUCUAUGAUCAGCCAAUCUCUAUUAUUAAAUCGGCCAAUGACCUCGCCUGCGAGCGCGUGGAAGAGUAUAACGCCAAGCUGAUGGUUUUCUAGGCCUUCUGCGCCAAGUUUGAAGAAGCUGCUUAGCAAUUUACCGCUGGACCGCAGCGACGUUUCGCUUGGCAAUUCGCCGACAGCUUCCUCGGCACUUGGAAACAAGAGCUUUCCGGCGAUGCACCAGCUUCUAAGCCUACCUACAGCAGCGUCGCCGCCUCGCCCCCCACUGACCGCGCCCGCCCAACUCCCCAACAUCAUUAACAACAACAGCACCGACAAUCUGACCCACUUCAUCGCCAAGGGCAACAAUCGACCAUCGCUCCACCCCGACAAGACCUCCGUGUCUUUAUCCGUCUAGAAGCCGGAGCUCCGGCCAGGGCCCACAGUGGCUACGCAAUCCGGACCCUGAUCCGGGAAAAACUCGGCGCCGUCUCAGAUAAGAUUCGAUAGGUGUUUAAAGUCAGAUCAGGAUGGGCCAUCCUGGCUGCCGACCUCGAAACGCGCGACUUUCUCGUAGAGAAGCGGGCCGAGUAGGCGGCUAAGCUAGGAGCUAUGGCAGUAGAAACGAACAAGGAAUAGCACACUUAUAUGGUCUUAUACUUUCCCAGAAGACUAACUGACUUUCGCGGCAAUGAGGUGGAUAGUAACAGUGUUAUCAGCGAUAAGAUAGAAAUCUAGACAGGGCUUAAGCCCGUUGAUAUACAUACUAGGAGACAAUUCUCAGAUAAUCCCUUAACCAAGACUCUACUUAUGUCCUUUCUUAAGCCCACCAAGAGAUUCUGGUCCCUCUUUGGCAGCCGUGCAGCCAGACUUAUAGACAAAACCGUCCAACCUAAACAGUGCGAAACAUGCUAGGACUACCACUUUGCCCGCAACUGCCGUAGACAGCCAGUCUGCCGACGCUGUGGCAAGACUAACCAUAUCGCAGAUAGCUAUGCUGCACCAGAACAGUGCAUCAACUGCUUAGGGCCCCACGAGGCCAGCCUUCAUAAGUGCCCAGCU